GAAAGCUAAGGAUAUAGGUCAUGAGAUAAUAGAAUUUCAUUCUAAAGCGGAUGUGUAUGUAGUGUAUUCUAAUAUUACACACUGGACAUGCAAGUCACUAUAAAUUAAGCGGAGCUCAAGUUAAAGAAUCUAUUUCACGAAUAUGGCAGAAGAACGGUUAGAAGAAUUCUUCAAAGAAAUUAGUGAAGACCUACAACGGACUGUCAACUUCUGGUUAAAAUAUUCCCACGACGAAGAGUUCGGAGGGUUCUUUAACUGUCUCGGACCAUCAGGUAAUGUGUAUGACGAAGCAAAACAUGUUUGGCUGCAGUCCCGCCAGAUAUGGAUGUAUGCACGAUUAUACAACGAAGAGGAACAAUUCAGAAAACCAGAAAUACUCCAAGCUGCUGUUAGAGGCGCAGAGUUUCUACAGAAAAAUGCAAAAGAUCCGAAAACAAGCAAACUUUGCUUCAGUUUAACGCGAGACGGCAGACCAAUCAAAAUACAGCGAUCCAUCUUCUCAGAAUGUUUCUAUACAAUGGCAGUAUCAGAGUUGCACAGGACCACAAAAGAAGCGAAAUACAAAGAUGAAGCAAUUGAGAUGUUUGACAAAAUUAUCUACUGGGUAAGAGAAGACUCGACUGAUAUGAGACUCGGAUUAUCUCCCCUGCCAGGUGUCUCUGCAGUCAACUCAAUGGCUGUUCCCAUGAUGCUUCUAUGUGUCCUAGAUCAAAUGGAGACAAUGGACUCCUCAAUGUCAGAAAAAUACGCUGAUGUUGGGGAGUGGAGCUUGAAACAAGUUCUUGCUCAUAGACAAAGGGAAGGUACAAUAAUCUUAGAAAACGUCAGUCCUGCAGGAGGAGAACUUCCGGGUAGUGCUGGACGUCUCACCGUUCCUGGACAUGCCAUUGAAGCAGGAUGGUUCCUGUUGCAAUAUGCUGGUAAGAAAAACGACAAGAAGCUGAAGAAGACAGCAAUAGAUGAUUUUAUUGUCAGAAUGUUUGAAUAUGGCUGGGACACCGAACAUGGCGGACUCUUCUACUUUCUGGAUAUUGAUGGUUAUAGUCCAGUUCAGCUUGAAUGGAAUAUGAAACUUUGGUGGACCCACAACGAGUCUAUGAUUGCAUUCUUGAUGGCUUAUCAAAAGACAAAAGAUCUUAAGAUGCUUGAAAAGUUUGAGACACUUUUCGAUUACUGUUAUUCAAAGCACGUGGAUAAAGAGAAUGGUGAAUGGACAGGGUAUCUGAACAGAGACGGGAGUGUUUGCAUGGAUUUUAAAGGUGGUCCUUGGAAAGGCUGUUUCCACGUGCCACGUGCCCUCUUGAUGUGUAAACAGAUACUUCGAGAUAUUCUUAAGAAGUAGAACAAUUAUACGAAAAUUACAUACGUAUUACAGGCUAUACAUUUGUUUGUAUUCAUUUAUCGUCGGAUAGAAACGAUUGUUUUGACUUUGCAGUACAAGACACCGAAACAUGAUUCAAGACGAGUCGAAACAUUUGUGAAUAAUAUAACUCGCCAUAAAUAGAAUUCCCAAGGGCGUCGCAACUUUGCAGAUAUCUAGUAUAACUAUUGCAUACAUGCCAAUAUUUCUAACAAGAUACAUUUAUAUAUAGUAUGCUUUUUUAAAUAUAUAUAGUGGCAACGGCAAUUUGAUUACAUUAGAAUGGUUCAACACAUUUUUGUUUUGAAUCUACGUGGUAAAAACAGCUAACCUGCCAUUGUUAUUCUGCCAAUAUUUUUAAAAUUGCUGAAUUUAUUUAUUUUACGACUUCGACCCAUUGUGGAAAAAUGAAAAAAAAAGAAAAAACAUCACUUUAUAUUUAAGCGAUAUUUAACCACAAAUAGUAUUUACUCGUUUCCUAAAAGGAACACUUUUGUAUGUAUUUUUGUUACUUUUUUUGGCUAUUGAAUGAGAUAGUCAAAUGAAUAAGAAAUUAUACCAUUGUGUAAUUAAUCAAAAUUUUAACUUUGUACAAGACAUUUAUCUUAUUAAGAUGUCUUUCAUUACCUCAGUUUUUUUUACCAGUUAAAUUUUCCUUCUCAAAUGUUUUUGAACAAAGUGACAAUAUGUUGGAGUUUCGACCGACCAUCUUUAGAGAUGGCACGAUCCACUUGCCCGAAAUCAUUUUUGAUAAACUAAUUGUACAAAGGUUUCCAUUCAUUUAACAUUAUUCGAAUUAUGUCAAAGUUUUCCAAGGCUGAAUUUCUUGAAUCAAAAUUACAAAACAUUGAUUAUAUUUGUUCACAUGAUUAUUUUCUUUACCUCGACACUAACUCAACGGACAAAUGUCAAGUUAUGUCUUGUAAUUCAUUACUUUUUAUGCAUUCCCUAGUAAGUUUACGUCUUCUGUUCUACAAUAAUAUGAUUCCUCGACAUUUUUGUCUUUCGGUGUACUCUUAGGCAAGGUCCACAGAAAUGUUCCUUACAGUUCUUACAAAAACCAGUCGCCUCAAUGUAAACUUCAUUUCCGUAAUAACACGGAUCACAGUGAAGUUCGAAA